CGUCCACACUGGGAGAGCUGGACAAGCAGGGACGGAGACAAGUCGUUUCAGAGCUGCUGCCACUGCACAGACGUUUGUUCGUUUGUUUUUUAAGAUUUCUAUUCCGGGAAAAAGUUUUUGUUGUUUUUUAACUCCUGGUGAGAAGUGGAAAUGGAAGCUACGCCAUUCGUCCUCCUUUUGGCCUGGGUCUUCUUAGGCAGUGACCAAGUGGAAGGACGCACGACCGUUGGUGAAAUGUUUCCUCAUAAACAUGCCAUAGACAAGAAGUUUCCUUACCCCAUCCCUCCGAUCCCUGGCUGGGAUCCAGACACCAACCCCUGGGAUGACUACCUCUACCCACCACUCAACCCCAAACCAAAAGGACUCCUGCACCGAGGAGGUAAACCUAAGGUCCGCCUGACCAGUGACAGCCCGGCACUGAAUGGCUCCUGCAUCACCUUCACCGCCAAGCUGGAGUAUCCUCCCUGUCAGAAGGAGGACGCCAACGGAGAUCUUGUUUGGGACGAUCACUGUGACGAUGCUAACGGACAGCUUCGUUACGGUUACGUCUACAACUGGACUUCUUGGUUGGAUGAUUACGGCUUUGGAAAGUGCCCAGACGCAAACAAAUGUAACGUGUUCCCCGAUGGGAAGCCCUUCCCUCAGAGCAACGACUGGAGACACAAGAGCUACGUCUACGUGUGGCACACCAUGGGCCAGUACUAUGAGACAUGUGACGGCUCCUCCUCCAGCGUCACCAUCAAUACCACCAAAGUCCCACUGGGGGCAGAAGUCAUGGAGGUCAUGGUUUAUAGGAAACGUGAGCGCAGGAAGUACAGCCCUCUCACCACUGACAACACUGUCUUCUACGUCACAGAUAAGAUCCCAGUGGCGGUCAGCAUCUUCCAAAAAGCUGCCGUCAACCAGUCGGAGAAUGUGUUCUUUCGUGGUGAGGACGUCGUCUUCAAGGUCCAGCUCCAUGAUCCCAGUGGUUAUCUGAAAAGUGCUCAGUCUGUGGACUACAUCUGGGACUUCCAAGACGGGAACCAGCUGGUAACGAACCGCAACGUGACCACGCACGCCUACAGCACACUCGGCAAAAUGAGUGUGAAGCUGGUGGUGGAGGCAGUGUUCCCUGCAGAGUGUCCACCAGCUGCUGCAACAACGACCCCGAGGAGUGGCACCACACCACCUCCUACAGCGGCUCCCACACCUCCACCCAGGACCCAUACUCUUACAAUGAAGAUGGAGACCACACAGGCACCACCCAGCUUCUCCACUGCCUCAAAGAAUUUGCCCACAACAGAACUCCUCCCCCCGACUCCUGACCCUGUUACCCCGGACUAUGACUCCACCACGAUGCCCUGGCUUCACUCCAACCAACUCGGCAACGCACCGUGUUUCCACUAUGUGUAUGGAACGUUCACUGGGAACAUUAGCAUCAUUGAGCCAAAGCCAAAACUGAACAGUCAACCAAACAGUCGCAUCGUUGAUGUGUUGGCAGCCAGAGUGACCAAAACUGACGUCAGCUUUCUGGUCAAAUGUCUGGGCAGCAUCCCUACCUCAGCCUGCACCAUCGUCUCAGAUCCCACCUGCACUCAGGUGCGUAACAUCAUGUGCGACGACGUGCCGCCGUCGUCAGAGUGUGAGGUUCACCUGAGGAGAACCUUUUUAGAACCGGGAACAUACUGCGUCAACAUCACCCUGGAGGACUCCAGCAGCCUGGCCCUGGCCAGCACGACCGUCACCAUCAACAAGUCCCAGGAUGCACCUGGAGCCAGGACUUCUCACAGCGCAGAGGUGGUUCUGUCGUCCAGUGCUGUGCUGGUGGCCGUCUUUGCCUUCAUUGCUUAUCUGGUCUACAAGCGUUAUAAGGUGUACCGGCCCAUUCGCAGCUCACUGGUGGAGGACGCCUGCAGCCAUGUUGGAGACCGCGUGGUUCGCCUGAGAGAGGCACUGUUCCCGUCUAAUGAGGAGGGUCGUCGCCUGCUUAUUUAGACCACACGGAGCUGCACUUAAAGUAGUCUGCCAAGAAUGGUAAAACUAUUGACUAAAUGUUCAACUAUUCAGAAAAUUAAACAUUUUUUCCAAUCACCAAAAAGUACUGAAUACUAUACACGUAUUGUAUUUUCUGGACUAUAAAUCACCCCGGAGUAUCAGUCGCACCAGCCAAACAAUGCCUAAUGAAAAAACAAAACAUAUAUAAGAGUUUCAAAUGGUACAGGAGUAGCAGAUACUGGUACACAAGC